GCAGGUCUGGCUGAGUAGCGCGAGCGCGACAUCAGUGCUAAACACUGCAAAGCGUUCAGCUCCGAGAGCAGACGAACAGCUUCCCAGUGGAGCAUCAGCUCAACUAUACAAUGCCCUUAGAAGAAGGAAAAGGAUGGAAAAAGAAGACAACUGACAUAAAGGAUAAUUAUGACUUCAAAGAAGUUCUUGGAACGGGGGCGUUUUCUGAGGUGGUGCUGGCUGAGGAGAAGAACACUCAGCGCCUCGUUGCUGUCAAGUGCAUCCCCAAGAAGGCACUGGAGGGCAAAGAGAACGGUAUCGAGAAUGAGAUAGUUGUGCUACACAGGAUAAAACAUAAGAACAUUGUUUCAUUGGAGGACAUAUUUGAGAGUCAGACACACCUGUACCUGGUCAUGCAAUUGGUAUCUGGUGGAGAGCUGUUUGACAGAAUUGUUGAGAAAGGUUUCUACACAGAGAGAGAUGCCAGUAAACUCAUUCGUCAGAUCUUAGAUGCAGUGAAAUAUCUGCAUGAUGUGGGCAUUGUUCACAGAGAUCUGAAGCCAGAGAACCUUCUGUAUUAUAGCAUGGAUGAAGACUCCAACAUCAUGAUCAGUGACUUUGGACUGUCAAAAAUUGAGGACUCUGGAACUGUGAUGUCAACUGCCUGUGGAACACCUGGAUAUGUGGCUCCUGAGGUUCUGGCUCAGAAACCCUACAGCAAAGCAGUGGACUGCUGGUCCAUAGGGGUUAUUUCUUACAUUUUGUUAUGCGGAUAUCCACCAUUUUAUGAUGAAAAUGACGCGAAACUGUUUGAGCAAAUACUGAAGGCUGAGUAUGAGUUUGAUUCUCCAUACUGGGACGAUAUAUCAGACUCAGCUAAAGAUUUCAUAUUCCAUCUAAUGGAGAAAGAUCCAGAUCUAAGAUAUACGUGUGAACAAGCCUUACAGCAUCCAUGGAUCUCGGGAGACACGGCUCUUGACAAAAACAUCCAUGAAUCUGUCAGCGCUCAGAUUAAAAAGAACUUUGCCAAGAGUAAAUGGAAGCAAGCCUUCAAUGCAACAGCCGUGGUGAGGCACAUGAGGAGGUUACAGCUGGGCACCAGCCUGGAGGGCUGUAGUCAAAUCACCACCACCAGCCCCUGCCACAGACAUCUGCUUCUGCCUGCUAAAGAGCACAACCCAGAAGAAGAUGAGGAAAACGAUGAGGAUGAGAAUGGUUCUCUGGAUAUUGAUGGUCGACGCAACAGUGCUGAUCAGGACAGUGUAAGAAGCUGUGCAUACUGCUGUAGACCAACCAGCAGGGUCUGAGACAUACCAACUAGCGUACAGAACCUAGAGAAGGCCCUCAGAUCUCAUUACACACAUAUGCCUAUCACCACCAGUCUGGUACUGAACACAGAGCUUAAUUAAAAGUGUCCACCUGAGGGAGCUAGUGCAAUGAAGAAGACAGCAAGUGUGACUUUGGGAGGAAUGAACAUGCCAACCCAAGCUUUCAUUUAACUGUGGUUCCUUUAUAACACUCACUUAAGUUUUGUCUUUUUUAUGUUUUUUAUCCCAACCAAAGAAUCAUAAUUGUGUUCUACUGAGCCUGGAAAAAUUAUUUUCCAAGUAUAUUCUCUGAAAGCAGUUUAAGAUGCUUGGGUAUCAAAUAUUUAUGAAUUUAAAUGUUGCAGUCUGUUUUGGUCCUGGAAACAGAGAUUAAAAUUCUGAUGAAACAUAAUAUUCACUUUGGCCUCACUUUAAAAUCCCCUGCCUUAAUCCAUGGUGUAUUUACUUGCUGAAUAGUUUUUGCACUGUUCACAUCUCUGACCCUGUAUUCUGUGUCAGACUGGUUUAACACCGGCUGGUGAUCCACAGCUUUAAGCUAGAGCUCCCACAUGUGUUUCUGGGACUAGGCUUUCCUUAGGCUGCUUUCACACUAGGCAUUUUUCACCCAAAUCACCAGAAGCCAGGCCAAAUGGCCCUAUAUUUGAAAAAAUAAAAUGUCAUUAUUUAUUUAUCCUGUCACAAUAAAGUGUUUCCACAAGUAAAAUCCAAAACUAAAACAAACAAAACCCUUCCUAAGUUUUCAGAAAAGUGCAGAGUGACAUCAGGCACAUUUUAAUAUUCUGAACUAUUAGCAGACAGCUAAUGGGGGACUGUUAUCUAGAAAAUUAAACAUGGAGAAAAUGAAUGAUUGAAUAUUCAUCACUCAUAUUCAGUAACCAUUUUAUCCUACUGCAUGGUGGAUCCCAAGCCUUUUGUGGUACAAGCUGUGGACAUACCCUGGAAUCAUCUAACACGUACACACCUACAGGCAUUUUAGUGUAACCAGUUGACUGAUAUGCAUUUUUUGGUUUGCACCUGGGAUUGAACCUGGGAGCCCUGGAACUGUGAAGCAACUGUACCCAUGUUGACACCCAAGAGUGACUAUGAAAUGCUUAAGGAUGCACUAUAUCAUCAAAAAUACAUCACACUCAUAUGUGUGCCUUCCUCAAACUGUUACCACAAAUUUCGAAAGAGAAUAUUGCCUGUGAACUUCUCUGUUUAAAUUAAGGAGCUCAAACCUGUUUCAGCAUGAUGGUGUGAAAAACACGGACCAUGAAGAUGUGGUUUGCCAAGGCUGGAGUGGAAGAACUCGAGUGUCCUGUACAGAGCCCUGACCUCAACCACCAUAACAUCAUUGGGAAUUCUGGCUGGUAUUCUCACCUGACAUGAGUGCCUGACCUCACUAAUGCUCUUGUGGAUGAAUGAUCAAAUCCCCACACCCACAAUCCAAAGUCCAGUGUAAAAAGAAUGGUUAUUAUAACAGCAAAAACAGGGACUUAAUCUGGAAUGGAUGUUCAACAAGCACAUAUGACCACGCCGUGCAUGUUUAAUCUAAAAAAAAAAUAAUGUCAGUAUUUACAUAUUGCAGUGUAACCUCAAGCUAACAAGCUUUGUUGAUUUUGCAGCAUUCAUUGCUAUUUGAUAUCACAGACUGGUCCUUGAAUAUAGUUAUCUGAAUGCUGUCUAGUUACACAAGUACUGUUUCACAAGCCAAAGCUCAGGCAAGUUGCCUCCUCUUGAUGAUAGUUAGAACAUGUUUCAGUCUUUAUUGUCAUUAUUAACAAUACUGUUGGCGAGUGAACCUGUACUUACAGUGUGCAUGUCAUGUGAGUUAGCUUUUCUUUUCAUAUCAGCAAAGAAGGUGCUUCAACCAGUGCUCUCUAUAGAAAAAAAGUCUAGUGUGGAAGCAGCCUUAUUCCAAAGUCAAAGAAGAACUGAAUGAGUGUCCUUUUGUUAAGAGUUCAAACUGAGAUCCCUGUAGUACAUCCUCACACAACACCAUGUGUGAACUAAGAGAUUUACAUAUUGGAUAUUAUAUUUACUUACAAAGAUAUAGUACAAAGACACUAUUAUUGCUCCCUGACAUAGUCUUUCUGUGAGAAUGAAAGGUGGAGAGCACAUUGUGUCUGCAAUGUAAUUUCCUAUAUAUUUUGAAGUGCUCUACAGAGCAGUUGUGAGCAUUGGUGAAGUAUUGAAGGGUUUAACUGGCCUUGAUGUUGUGCAGGGAUUUCAGGGUUGAGUCACUGACCAUAAUCUUUACUGUGCUCCUUAAAUGAUGAUGUUUAACGUUUGCAUGACCUCGUAAAUGUUUACAUAAGCGAUGACAAACAAUAUAUUAUUAUUAUUAUUAUUAUUAUUAUUAUUAUUAUUAUUAUUAUUAUUAUUAUUAUUAUUAUUAUUAUUAUCUAUAUGCUAAUGUAACAAGACAUUAAAGCCUUUAUUGUAUGAUGUUGAAAACACAAAGUAUUUUGGCAGUAAUGGAGGGCCAAUUUUUAUUUCAUGCCUUCUGAUUUUUUUUUUGUUCCCCUCAGUACUUGGACUAUUGUUUGUAUACUGUUGACAGAUGUUUUUAGUGCUGAAUGAUAUGACGGCCUCAAUUGUUCCCUCUGGCCACAUAAAAUAAGCUCAAAAUUAUUAAAUAUUAACAGUGCUCCCACAGUUUGAAGUCUAGUCUAUAAGGGAAAGCAAAUGUCUAUAAUACCAUAAUCAUUGAACCAUUAAGACACUACAUAAAUGAAUUAUAAUACAUAGCAUUAGUAAGCACAGAAUUUUACCAUUUGAUGUAUGGAGAAACCCAGGGCAGAAUUAUGUAUUAGAAAUAAGAAAAAAACAGCACACUUUUAUUGGUCAUGAAGUUAUGUAUUAAUUUCAUGACAUUAUGUAGUAAACUACAGAUCAGUUAUACUCAAACAAGUCUAAUUAUUACUGAUUUGAUGUAUUCCCUUUUUAAGAUUUUGAUUACAUUCUGUUGCACUGGGCAAUUUUAAAAUAAAAAAAGCAAAUGUCCAUUUAUUACAAUUUAAGCUUUGGAAGAUUGUAAAACAUCUUGUUUGCGUAAAAGCUGAUUUGAGCUUACAAUAUGUGGAUGCAAUGCAUCAUGAUAUAUUGAUGGAUUAACAAAAAGUUAAAGAUUUGUAUCCUUGUGGAUCUUGUAGCAGGUUCUGAA